GUGUUUUCGUUGUUGUCGUGCUAUGGUGAUGAGCGAGGCAUGAUGGAGGAUGCACGCGAGUGUUGGUCAUCNCAGUGCACCUCAUCCGUUAGUUCAACGUGUAUUCCAGUGAUUGGUGGAGAUCGUGCAAAACUCACUGUUCAGAUACCACUCCCCUCGAACAUCUUCCAGGGAUUACCGGAGAAGUUACGCGGUGGACAAUGGUUGAAUGUGGUGGCAAUAUUCUGGAAUAUGGGUGUGAAUCAUGAGGCAACUUUCGCACAGUCGAUAGCCGGUGAUUCAUCGCUGGAGGAGACCAUCAACAUUGUGGCAGCGAAUUCGUUACAAGCAUAUGCGAGUGGUAUGAAACAGCUGGAUGCGUGUGUCUCGGAUGUUAUCAAUGAAUUAUGCAUAGCGGUCAGUGAAUACGUGUCCAUCGAACAAGAAUAUGAGCAUAUUUCGACUAGCGAUGUGCGUGAAUGCAGCACUGAAUGGGCUAGCUAUACUGACCUGUAA